UGGAGUUUAAAUGAAGUCCGGGCUCCUGUUUUAACCAGUUCCUCCUGAGUCUACCUGAGGGUUAAAGAUGAGAAGUUUGCUCUUGGUCACCUUGUGUUUCUCGACGUGUCUGCUCCUGGUUGACAGCCGCCAUCCCACCUGUAACUUCAUGCUGGAGGUGGAGAGAGACCAGGUGGAGUGUCUGCGGCGGCUGAGGGAGGAGGAGGAGGAGGCUGCCAGCAGCCUUAAAGAGCCGGGCUGCAGAGGAAGAUGGGACAACAUAGCGUGCUGGGAGCGAGCUGAAAUCGGAGACACUGUCACCAUCCCCUGUCCUCGAGCCCUCAAGACGUUGUUCGACAGAAACGGUAACAUUAGCAGGAACUGCACAUCAGCGGGAUGGUCGGACAUAUUCCCAAACAUCAGCAGCGUGUGCGAGUCAGACACAAGCCAGGACAAGCUGGUCUUCUACGUGGUCGUGCAGACGUUAUAUACUCUGGGUCACAGUCUGUCUUUGAUCGCCCUCACCACAGGGAGCGCCAUCCUCUGUCUGUUCCGGAAGCUCCACUGCACCAGGAACUACAUCCACCUCAACCUCUUCUUCUCCUUCAUCCUGAGAGCCGUGGCCGUGCUGGUGAAGGAUGACAUCCUCUUCAACCGGACCUCGCAGUGCUCCAACCAGCCGUCACUGGUGGGAUGUAAAGCCAGCCUGGUAUUUUUCCAGUACUUCAUCAUGGCCAACUUCUUCUGGCUGCUGGUGGAGGGUCUGUACCUCCACACCCUGCUCGUCGUCAUCUUCUCUGAGAACAGACACUUCAUCGUCUACAUGUUCAUCGGCUGGGGAAUCCCCACUGUGUUCGUCUUUGCGUGGGUGAUGACAAGAAUCUAUCUGGAAGACACCGGAUGCUGGGAGAGAAAUGACAACCACAUACCCAACUGGGUGAUCAAUGGACCUAUUGGAUUCUCCAUUAUGGUGAACUUCAUCCUGUUCAUCAGCAUCAUUCGGAUCUUGGUUCAGAAGCUGAGGUGUCCUGAUGUGGGCGGCAACGACCAAUCACAAUACAGGAGGUUGGCCAAAUCUACUCUCCUGUUGAUCCCUCUGUUUGGGAUACACUACGUGGUCUUCGUCUCUCUCAGUGAAUCCAUCGCAGAAGAUUAUAAAAUAUUUUUUGACCUGGCCCUCGGAUCUUUUCAGGGUCUGGUGGUGGCCAUCCUCUACUGUUUCCUUAACAGUGAGGUUCAGGGCGAGCUCAAGAGAAAGUGGCGGAGCAUGUAUCUGAACUGCCGUCUGGGCAGAGAUCACCACUUCAACAGCACCUUCGCCUCCAGGAACGGCUCAGACCACAUGGUGCAAUUUCAUCGCAACUCCCGGACCCAGUCCAUCCUGCAGUCAGAGACCACGGUGCUGUGAGGACCGGGGG